CCCUGAGUUGAAAUUGAGACAGAAAGGCUUCUUAUUGACCGUAGAAAACAUAAAAACAGAGAAAUGAAGGAAACCCUAAAUUUAUCAAAAUCAACAACGGCUUCUUUCGGAGCAGAGAUGAUAAUGCUGUCAAAAGAUGUGAUGAUGGACAUCUUCUCAAGGCUACCCGCAAAGACAUUGUGCAGGUUAAGGUGCGUUUGCAAAGAAUGGAGAAGCUUAAUCUCUGACCCAUUUUUCAAAUCCCUUCACAGGGCACGCUCAUCUCUUAAACCCAGUUUGCUUUUGCUCCAAGAAAAAUGCUGCAGUACCUCUACUACUAGAGUAAGUAUGUCAUCAGUUGAUUUUGAUGGGAAUCAUAAUUUUGAUUUUACAUUCACUUUGGAUAGUCAUGUCUAUUUCAUGCCUUCUAAAUGGGAGUUGAUUUGCUUUCUUAGUUCCAAAGGCAAAGGGUUUUAUGUAUGUAACCCAAGUACUCAAGAAUUGGUUAAAUUACCUACUAGUUCUCGUGCUACUUUGGACGGUAUUGCGUUUGGAUAUAUAGAGGAGAGGAAUGAGUAUGUAUUGGUUAAUAAUUUCAAUGUGUGUGAAGUCAUGAGGUGGACUGAUGGUUGUUGUUUGAAAAAUCAUUCUUGGAAGGUUCUUGAUGCAAAAUACCCGUAUACACUAAGCUGGUUUGGCGUUCUGGUCGAAAAUACUUUUUAUUGGAUUAGAUACGGGGACAAGCAUGAUAACAUUGAAUCAAUCAUUUCAUUUGAUUUGGAAAAAGAGGACUUUGGUACAGUGGUGCUACCAAAGGGUACUUUUGAUGUUGACGGACUUUGGUCUUUGGCGGAAUUGAAGGGGAUGUUGUGGUUGUUUGGUUCGCCUGAGGAUAUAUCUACCAUGGAUAUUUGGGUGUUGAAGGAUUCAAAGAGUUAUAUGUGGGUUAAGGAGUACACUAUUGACCUAGCCGGGUUUAACCUUGGCGAUGGGUUAAUCAAUAUUCUGGGUCACAAGGAAGGGAAAAUUCUAAUGGAUGUCGAUUCUGAGGGUCUUGAGUGGUAUGAUAUGGACAACAAGAGCUUCAAAAGAAUAGACAAUCUAAGGUCAGUAGAAUGGAAAUGGUCUGUACUUCACAUUGAUGGCUUCUUUUCCUUGGGAAGUCGAUAGGCAGCAUAAUGUUUUUCUGAAUGCUGGAUUUGGGCUUUCCACCUGUGGUUUAUGGUUGCUGUAGGGCUUAGGGUAUCACUUUUUUCUUUGAGUAAUAUAGUUAAAUCUUUCUGAAAGCUGACCAAACAAUACUCUGUCAUUUUGCUGAAUUAUCUUCUGGUCUUUGAGAUGCAUCUCAACUCCUGUAGUUGAGUUAUUACAUUUGAAA